ACUGUCAUGCCUGCCAUUGACGGUCUGACAUUGGUCUGUCCUAGCGGCAGCGCGCCAGCUCGACAUGUUUUAGAGGUUGGAUUUGUGGUGUGAGGAUCUCUGUAGAGAACAGAAAGUGAACAUCGCGAGUGGCGUGUAUUUCGCAAAGUUCGCUGCAAAGUGACUCGUGCGAAGUGAAGUGGCUGUGACUGAAGUGAAGCACUGAGCACAAUUGAGGCAGAAAUUUGAACUGCUGACGAUUUGGGGCUUGUAUAUUCAUAUGACGUCUUGAUACACAGCCACGUUUCAGUGUCUUUCCCUUCAAACAAGUGAUUUAGUUGUCGAAAUUUGGAGGACAUUGACUUCAAACAACAGCAACGGACAUAUUUGUGACGAUCAACAGGGAGGGUUGAUCAACUCGACCAUCUUAAAUUCCUUCCAUUGUUUGGAAUUUGUGCGAGGAUGACUUCAACAGUGCUUCCGGUUGCACAAGAGAGCUAAAGCAAGAAAAGGGCGUCUCAGAAACGCAAGAGUGCCAACUCAUUGAGAGACAAUUGAUCUAAGAAAGCUUUAGUUACACCCCGACACAUAUAUACGGUGAAAGCAGUACAGAUCAGUGACGUUCACAUCACACUCAGUAACUCAGUGAAAGUACACUCAGUAACUCAGUGACCUUACGCUCGUAACUCAGUGACGGUUCCUGAUCAACAACGCCGAACCCAGGCGCAAUGAAGAAGUCAGCCAUUUUACGAUGGCUGAUUCUGGAGAUGGUGGCGGCAUCAUUGGUAGUUUCUUCUCCCGUCAUACAUCGGUGCCGCACAGACCAAUUCAUGGACUACAUAAAAAACAACGACAAGAAAAAAAUACGAAUAUGUCUUAGCAAAAAUGAGACAUACAACAGUCUUUGCAGUGAAGAGCUAUUUCUGGACAGUCAGGGGUCGAAAUUCCCUGUCGAGGUGCUGAUAAAAUGGCGCCAGCUGUGCUCAGGUCAUCCUGAGUACAACGUCACUGGCACAGUCACAAUGGGUGUCGAAAGUGGGCUUCAAGAUGGCCGCCGACAGUCCACCCAAGAUGGCCGCCGACAGGUGAUGCGUCUGGACGGUCUGACCGCCGGACGCUUACCUCCCGGCCGGUAUAUUGCUAUGAUUACUGUGACCGAGAGAGAUGACAGACAGGAGGGAUCUGCGCGGAAAUCAGCUUCUCUAAGAGAGGAGCCUCGUGGGUCCUCUGACGCACCUGGGAGGUUCAUAACCGCCGGCCGCCGGCGGAGUGAAGAUACGGAUUCCAAGAGGAGCCAGGGUAUCACAGAACUAUACACCAGUGAAUUCACUAAAGGCCUUGAGAAUGCAUGCCCAGUGACAAAUAUCAACAUGGAUGCCUGUUUUGAGCAGGGAUUCAAAAACGCGCGGCUGAAAUUUGAGAACAUGGACCCGCUGCAGUUCAACACCACUCUAAAUGGAGGCUCCCGGGCCGUCGCCUGGGAGGUCGAUGGGAAUGUAAGCAUCGCUGGAAUUUCAAACUACACAGUGAAAAUAUCAAAAGCAGAGAGUUCGGAUGACCCGCACCAGAACCGACCUCUGACGAUCACGACGGCCUGGGUGGCGCCUCUCUGGAGGAUCGAGCUCGGACUUACCUAUCACCUGACCGUCAUACCAGACGUCAUCGUCAUUAAAAUGGCCGCCAAAGUGGCGAUGGCGUUGCCUGACGUGGAGGUGCUAAACAGUCUGGACGUGUGGGGCCAGCAGCAGCCGGACCAGGGCCUGGUGCGGUUCUACACAGAGGACAAAAACUUCCGCAUCAAAUUCGACGUCGACACUGCAAAGAUUGACGUCACUAUACAUAAAAUACCGACACUUGCACACUUUGAUGCUCUAAACGAGCUGGUGCGUCUCCACUUCAAGCAUGUAGCGCUGGACACGAUAUGGCCGAAUAUAGAGCAGAAGCUGGGGACCGUGUUCAAGGAGGUUGUCAACGGUGGCGUGGUACCUGAUGUAAUCAAAUUUCUGCUGACGCGAGGAGCACCAUCAGCAAGACAACAGACUGCGCCGAGGAAGCCCUGAUAGCAGUAUCAGCAGCUGGAAAUAGCAGUAGCACAGAGCCAUGGUGGAAUGUUGUCUCCAUGGAAACGUGUCUGACGCAGGGACACUUCGCUGUGAUGCUGUGAAAUAUGUAUGUACGUUUAAUUCGUUUUUGUUGGAUUAGUCGUUAUAUGCAUGAGUAUUGAGUACUUCAGUAGCGAUGCCUAUAAACAUUCAACAUGCAACAAUCCUUGGCUGGUAAAUCGUACUAAUGCGUGCCCUUAGGUGGUGACCGUUAGCUAUCGUUAUAAUUGUAAACGUGCCUUCAUGCAUCAGAUACCUAACUUUUAAACAUUUAGUCACAACAGUGAAAGAUUACGGAUUAUAGAGCUUCGCACAUGUUAAUAUGUUCAGUCACAAAAUGCGUAUCGUGAGCUGGAAAAAACAUCCGAUCAGGCUCAGAACAUUAACAAUAAAACUGACUGGAGAAGAAAA